CAUUAAAUAUUACUAUUCAUAUUUUAUUUUUUUCAAUGUAUGAGCUCAGACUAUCCUUAAUCAGUUGUAAGCAUAUUUGGAAUAACCCAAGAUCCAAAAACAUCCAAUUAUAUGAUGGUAAUGGAAUUAAUGGAUGGUGGAAAUCUAAGAUCUAAAAAAAUAUAAUCCUUUUGAAAAAUAUUUAAAUUUAACGAGUAUCGCAAGAGUGCUUUUAACUUUACACAAGCGUAAUUGAGUUCAUGGUGAUAUUCAUAUACUUUUAGAUUAUGCUGAUUCUUAUAUAAGUGAUUUUGGUUUAAGUAGACCGGUGAAGAAAAUUGUUAAUUCAAAUGAAAUUUAUGGAGUAAUCCCUUAUAUGGCACCAGAGGUAUUACGUGGGAAACCAUAUACUAAAGCAGCUGAUAUUUAUUCUUUUGGAAUUAUUAUGUGGGAAUUUACUUCUGGUAUUCCUGCUUUCAACGAUAGAUCUCAUGAUUUUAAUCUUUCUUUAGAUAUUUGUAAAGGUUUGAUACCAGAAAUUGUUAAAGGUACAUUACCAGUUUAUUCAAGAUUAAUGACGAGAUGUCGGGAUUCUGAUCCUGAUAAAAGACCAACAGCUGAUGAAUUAUAUCAAAUUUUUUCUUUUUGGUACCGACAACUACUUCGCAUGAUAGAAUACCUGUUCCUAUAGAAAAAUUGAUUAUUCUGCGAAA